GCGGGGCCGGGGGGCGCGGGACCCCAUCGCCGUGGCCGCCCAGGAUGUGGUGGGACGAGCGGGUGUCGUCGCGGUUCCGGAGGAACCUGCAGCCCACCCUCACCUACUGGAGCGUUUUCUUCAGCUUCGGCCUCUGCAUCGCUUUCCUGGGGCCCACGCUGCUGGACCUGCGCUGCCAAACCCAGAGCUCCCUCUCCCAGAUCACCUGGGUCUUCUUCUCCCAGCAGUUCUGCCUCCUGCUCGGCAGCUGCCUCGGAGGGGUCUUCAAGAGGACGUUGUCUCAGUCCUUGUUUGCACUCUUUGCCUCAUCACUGGCCAUCUCCUUGGUCUUUGCCAUCAUCCCCCUGUGCCACAAUGUGGUGGUCCUGGCUGUGGUCAUGGCUGUGGCAGGACUGGCCAUGGGUUGCAUCGACACCAUCUCCAACAUGCAGCUGGUGAAGAUCUACCAGAAGGACUCAGCCAUCUUCCUGCAGGCCCUUCAUUUCUUCGUGGGCUUUGGGGCACUGCUCAGCCCACUGAUAGCUGACCCCUUCCUCUCAGACACCAACUGCAUCCUCUCAAACUCCACGGCCAACGCCUCCAGCAACCUCCCCCACAUCCGCAAGUCCCUGGUCCCGCACCAUCCGGGCAACCUGUCCCACUACGACCUGCCCAUGAAAGGCAUGGUGGUCACACGUGUCUCCUACGCCUUCUGGAUCAUGGCCCUCAUCAACCUGCCUGUCCCCAUCGCAGUGUUUCUUCUGCUCUACAAGGAGAGGAUGGUUCCCUGCUUCCCCAGCUCCAGCCACCCCCUGCUCUCGGCCGACGAGCUGGCGAUGGAGACGCGACCCCCGGAGAAGGAGGAUCUCUCCACCAGCACCAUACAGAGACCACAGGCAGCAGGAGGUCAUGAUGACUUAUUUAGCUGCUGCCAAAGCAAAAACUUCAGAGGGGCUUCUUACACCUACUUCGCAGUCCACAUCACUGGGGCUCUUGUUCUCUUCAUGACUGAUGGGAUUGUGGGAGAAUACUCGGGCUUCAUCUACAGCUACGCGGUGGAAGAGCCGCUCUCCGUGGGACACAAAGUGGCCGGGUACCUGCCCAGCCUCUUCUGGGGCUUCAUCACCCUGGGCAGGCUCAUCUCCAUCCCCGUGUCCUACCGAGUGAAGCCAGCCACCAUGGUCUUCAUCAACGUGGUUGGAGUCCUGAUCACCUUCCUCCUGCUCCUGAUUUUCUCCUACAGCAUCGUGUUCCUGUUUGUGGGGACAGCAUCCCUGGGGCUGUUCCUCAGCAGCACCUUCCCCAGCAUGCUGGCCUACACUGAGGACAUCCUGCAGUACAAAGGUUGUGCCACAACCGUGCUGGUGACUGGAGCUGGAAUUGGAGAGAUGGUGCUACAGUUACUGGUGGGAUCGAUUAUACAUGAUCAGGGCAGCUACAGUUUCCUGGUCUGCGGGAUGAUCUUUGGAGGCCUGGCCUUUACCUUCUACGCCUUCCUCUUGUUUUUCCACAGGAUGUACCCUAAGCCCUCAUCAGAUCUGGAUGAUGUCUCCCCUGACAAACCAGCAGUGAUGGAGGACACUGGGCAGUACCAGCGCUGAGGACGUGGCCGAGGCUCUAGACAAGCAAUAAAGAACACACAGUUAAGCAUUACUAUUAAGGAUGAUUUCACUUUUAAAGACUGAAUCAUGCAAGUUCUCUGCAAUCAAAAGCACAUGGGACUGGGUAAGUCAGAAUCAAGGAAACAUCCUCACACUGCAUCGAGCUAAACACGAGCUGCCCCUGCCACAGCUACCAAAAAGAAGAAUGAGCAUCAGCCUGACCCCGUGGUGAAAGGCUGUGGGGUUUGGCAGGGCUGAGGGGAACAGCCCCCCUGCAAAUGAACUUUCUUACCAAUUCAGGAUGGAGGGUGGGAAGGGAUUCUCUCUGUUCCAGAGGUAGGGCUGAGAUCUCCUGGCCUAGUCAUUGAACUCAACAGAUUGUCCCUUUGGCCUGGGAGGUGCAGAAGCCUCUACAAUGAGCAGCACAAGCCUGGAUUUGAAUUAAGUUUUGUGCAACACUGACUUGAGCAUCUGUCACCUACAUGAAGACUUCCACGGGGGGGGGGGAAUAAACUGCACAACUGGUGGAACUCCCCAGGUGCACAGUGGUAGCAGGACCUGUUGAUAUUUGCACAGUUGAUUCUUGUAUAUUACACAGACAUGUUCACUGAGACAGUGUCUUUUCCAGCAUGCUUGGGCCUCUUGAUUAUUAAAAUCAUUAGCUUUAUUAUUUUUUUUAAGAGAAGUCAAGAAUGACUCGUGAUGGUUUGUUUUUUUGCUUUAAGUCACUAGUUUAGCUGCUCCAGUUGCAGUCUCUUUUGAGGGUGGUUUUAUUUCUAGCUUCCAGUUGAAGCUUAAACAGGUAUUUGGGAGCCAGUCCCCAGCUGCUUUAUCUGUGCAAUACUGAGGAUACAGGUGCCUUCUGCAAGGUACUCACACCCACUCAUGGCCUGUUACAAGCUCUGAAGAAAGGACUGGCUUUAGCAGAGUGCAAAGCCCCACACCAGCUGUUUCUUCAGUGAGUGAUUGGACAUGGAUUUUUUUUGCUGUAACUGCUGUACGUGGAUGUACAUGUGUGUAUAUAAAGCAGUGAGUAAUUAAAGGUGGUUGAUUGCUAGACUGGA